AUGGAACAAAGACAAAACACCAGCACAGACGAAGGUUUUGUUAUCCUGGGAUUCAACAGCAAUGGGACUUUGCAGAACAUAUUUUUUGCUUUGUUCUUUCUCAUGCUUCUCAUCACUCUCUCAGGGCAUCUGGCUAUGGUGGUCAUAAGUUUAGUUGACCCUGCCCUCAGCACUCCUAUGUAUUUUUUCCUGCGCAGCCUUUCUUUCACUGAAAUAUGCUACACUCUGGUCAUUGUGCCUCAGAUGCUGGCCAACUUCUUGGCCAAGAACCAAAGAGUCUCCUUAAUGGCCUGUGCCACCCAGAUGUAUUUCUUUAUUGCCUUUGGAGGUGCAGAAUGUUUUCUAUUGGUUGUGAUGGCCUAUGACAGGUAUGUGGCCAUAUGCCAUCCUUUGCGCUACACUGUCAUCAUAAGUCGAAAUCUUUGUAUGCAGUUUUUACUGAUCGCCUAUAUCAGUGGAUUCGCAAUAUCUCUGGCAUUGACCAUGCUGAUUUUUGGCCUUCCCUUCUGUGGCUCACACAACAUCAACCACUUCUUCUGCGACAUUCCACCAGUGCUUUUUUUGGCAUGUAGUGACACACAUGUCAACGAAAUGGCUGUCUUCCUUGUCUGCAUGACGAACUUGCUCAUCCCUUUCCUGCUCAUUCUGCUUUCCUAUGUCUUCAUUGCCAAUUCCAUCCUAAGGAUUAAAUGCUCCCAAGGGCGUAAAAAGGCCUUCUCCACCUGUGUUGCUCACCUGGUUGUGGCUGUUCUCCACUAUGGCUGUGCCAUUUUCAUCUAUAUCCGUCCAAGAGCCAGCUACUCCCUGAACGAAGACAAGGUGGUCUCCUUGAUCUAUACCAAUCUCACCCCAAUGUUGUACCCCAUAAUUUACAGCCUCCGAAACAAGGAAGUCAAGGGGGCUCUCAAGAGAGUAUGGGAAAGGAAAUUUGUUUCCAUGGCAAUAUAA